UUACUCGAGUUAAGAGAGAUUGGGGAAAAUAAAGGAGAGGAAAAGAAAAACGAAAGCAGACACAGAGAGAGGGACAUCUGCAGAAUUUGCUAGAAUCAUCCAGCAUCUCUUGUCUUCUUGUUGAACUUUCAUAUAGAAAAAAAAAAAAGAAAAAAGAAAACCCCAAAUCUGCUGUCCCGAUUCAUCUGAAGAUUUUUACCAGCGAAUUAGAAUAUUUAACAAACUUAAAUAUAUAUACAUAUAUAAAUCCAAAUAUAAUAAGAACCGUAAAGCGAGAAAGGCUCUGAUGUUGCGAUGGAGCAGCGUAGCGACGAUGAGAUGACGGAGAUGGAAACGGCGACUGCGACGUCGAAUCAGCAGCAGGAUAUGGCGGCCAAUGCUAACGGCAGCCAGGGUAACGCCGUUUGGGACUUGCUCACAUUGGCUCGCCAGCUUAUUAACCAAGGCAAGCCUUCCCAGGCCCUCCAAGCGGUGGUGAUGGCAAUGAGAACCAGAGGUGGUGAUGAGGCUGUGUUUCACGCCUUGCAUCGUGCCCGAGAAUUAUACAAAAGUAGAUUGCAAGAAAAUGCAGCGGUCGAUCAGCUAGCAUCCUUGUUUGCUGAAUGUGCCAUUGCCGAAGCUGGGCCUUUAGAAAGUGGACAACCACUGGAUGAUGCAGGCAAUCAAUGGGAAGUGCCGGAUGCUCAUGGAACCUCUAUACUGGCUGAAACUGGUAGGAUGCAGGUUGUGUUGGAUGCAUUCUCGGACGGAAGCAGCUUCAUAUGUUUAAAAUGCGGGGGUCUUGUUAGCAACCACCGCAAAGAUGAGCACGACGCGUACUGGUGUUGCCAAAUUUGAUGGGCUUGUAGCAAGAAGUGGAUUAUUUGUACUCACUUGUGCUUUAUGCUCCAUCACCACAUGCCAUUUUCCUAUUUUUUUUUUCUAUUUUUUUUUGUACCUGAGACCUGAGUGAGUUGUAGCUGUAUUCCUAUUUUGCAGAGGAAAAAUAUGGAAUGAUCGAUUGAGGAUGAGGGCAUAUAGGUUGGUUUGAGAGUGUAGAGUGCUAAGUUCAUUACCUUUUACUGUUAAAUAUGGGAUCUUGUAACCUUAAAAAAUUGAUCGCUGUUGAAAAUUUAUAAAUAAUAAGUU